AUGGCAUGGGUGAAGAGAUUCCUUUUUAAUUGCAAAAAUGAAGAAAGAAGAAAAGGAGAUCUUUCUGUUAAGGAAUUAGAAGAAGCUGAGAAAACUACUGUAUACUUAAUACAGCGGGAGUCAUUUACAGGAGUUUCAGAUAAACGCCUUAAAACUCUAGAUGUAUUUAUUGAUGAGAAAGGAAUCUAUAGAUUAAAAACAACUGUAAAUAAAAGAAAUGAUUUUGAAGAGUUUAGAACACCUGCUAUUUUACCUGGAGAGAAUUCUAUAGUAAACCGUUUAGUACUGUUUGAACAUAAGAAAAAUGGACAUGCUGUCUGCAAGCGUUUUUCUGCCAAAUCUGUAGAUCCACCAACUGCAUCACCACCAGCUGAUAGAGUUCAAGAUACAGCUGUUUUCCAAGUAACGGGAGUGGACUUUGCUGGUCCUGUGAUUUUGAAAGACAAUUCAAAGGCCUGGAUAUGCAUUUUUACCUGUGCCGUUUAUAGAGCUACGCAUAUUAAAUUAGUCACAUCACUAUCAACUGAGGCAUUUUUACAAUGUUUCCAUCGAUUUGUUUGUAGAAGAGGAAAACCUUCGAUUGUAUACAGCGAUAACGGAACGAAUUUUACAGGGAGUGCAAAGGCAUUAUCUUGCAUUGAUUUUAAACAGGUUUUUGUUAAGGCGAGGGAUCAGCAGAUUACCUGGAAAUUCAUACCUCCUAGUGCUCCCUGGUGGGGAGGCUUCUGGGAAAGGCUUGUUGGAAUGAUGAAAGGUCUGCUGAAGAAAACCUUAGGUCGAGCGAGUUUAACAUAUGAAGAAAUGCAAACAGCUUUAUGCAACCGUGAGGCCAUUUUGAACCAGAGACCUUUGAUAACUGUGUGUUCUGACGCCAGUCUUACUGCUCUUACACCUGCAGACUUCCUCAAAGAGAUAAAACCCAGCUUUGUUCCGGACAUCAAAACCAAAACUGAUCCCAAUCAUCUGUGA